AUGUGUCUACAGUCAAAAACCCUACCCGAAGGGAAGAAAGAAAAAAGAAGCCUCUUUUACCCUCCUAAAGUUUAUCCUAAGCAUAAUCAAAAGCAAAGCAAAGACAACAUCCGACGCCAAGCUCCGCCAGCGCUGAUCUCCGCUCUCGACAACGCCGGUCUCCACCCUUGCGACCUCCGAUCUCCUCCAUACUUCAGAUUAAAAAUGGAUGAUACAAUGAAGAAAUUUCAAGGAAAGCUGAUUGAGAUCGAGACUGAAGCAGAGGAACUUUUACUUGCAAGGCACCAGUUAGUCGAGAAUGACAGAUUGAGAAAUGGGAACAGGGAAGCAUUGACUGCACUAAGGAAAAGAGCCCGAACAACAAAAACAAGUGUCCCUUCACCAUUUGAGUUAUUGAUGAAGGAAGUUGACCAGUCAAAGCCUCUGGUUAAAGAGAUAUGUGCAACUUGUGGGAAUCAUGACUCUAAUGACAAAACAUGGAUGAUGUUCCCAGGAACUGAUAUAUUUGCUCGGGUCCCAUUUCAUGCAGCUCAUACUAUCUUGGAGAAAGAUCAAACGAAGCUAGAUUUUGAUGUUAAAAAACUACAAAGUUAUGUAAAGGAGAAGUCGCUCUUCAUAUCAGAACAAGGUGUUCUUGCUGAUAAGAUUGGACCAGGGGUAUUAAAGUCAUUAGUCACAUUACAAGAUAAACCAAGGUGAAUUUGUUGAUUCAACAACCUUUUGCAGAAGAAAGAAAAUGAUCACAAACAAACAAGUGAAAAGAAGUAACAAAACUGAAUGGUUAUGAUUCUUUUCUACAUAUUGGAAUUAUGUAUCAAUUAAUGAAAAAACGCUUUUUUUGCUCAUGCUUGAAAAAAAGAAUUAAAGAUUUGUGAUGUUUAUUUCUAUGCUAACUAAAUUCAACCGGUUCUUGCUAUGGG